AUGGAUGCAACGCCAGGGAGCAAGAAGGCCCCGCCGGCCGCCGCCGCGGUCCCGUCAGCUGCGCAGCAGGCGGCGGAGCAGUCGCCGUCGUCGCCCGAGUCCGACGCCGCCGUCGCCGGCGUGAAGGCGAGCGGAGGUGGCGAGGACGACGACGAGCAGGUGGAGAGGUUCUACGCGCUGCUGGACAACAUCCGCGCCAUGAGGGGCAUGGUCAGCAGCACCGGAGGCGCGGCAGCCGCGGGGAGGAAGCGGGCGCGGGAGGCCGUGCCGCCGUGGCGGCCGGCGUUCCGGAUGGAGGACUUCGAGCUGGAGGAGGUCGACUCCGACUCCGUAGGGUGCGCCGGGGAGAAGAAGAAGAAGAAGAAAAGAGAGAGCAGUGCCAGUGUGAAGCGGCCGGCGGCGGACGAGGAGGAGGAGGAGGAGGAGGAGGAGGGCGAGGUCGUGGAGGCCAAAGGACAUCCACGGCGGGGGCAGCCGCAGUCGCACAAGGCGCGUCGCGCGGGAGUGCUGGCCGUUGACACUUGA